AUGGCCAGUGCACAGAGACAGCGUCGGAGCAUGCCCAAGGUUCGCACGGGUUGCGCCACCUGCAAAUCUCGCCGCGUAAAGUGCGACGAGGCCCGGCCGAGUUGCAAGCGAUGCACUAGCACCGGUCGGGUCUGUCCGGGCUAUCGAAGCGAUACCCGUCUUCAACCCAAAAUCAACAACGAGAUCAAGAUCUAUAGCAUCCCUUUCAAAGUACCAGGCAGCAAGGCCGACCGCGAGUUACUUCACUUCUACUGCUGCGAAGCGUCCGAGUCUCUUUCCAGAUUCUCCGAUACCACGCUAUGGACACACCUUGUUCUCCAGCAAAGCCAACACCAGCCAGUCAUUCGCAAUGCUCUUGUCGCGCUCAGUUCCCUCUACCGAGACUAUUUGCAAGUGGGAUCCCAGCAGCUGAAGAUGUCCCCGCAACACAUACAGCUGAUCGCAAGAUCUCACAGGCAAUUAUCAACGCACCUUGUCUUUCAGGAUGCCUCGCCAGAGACGGCUCUCAUCUGCAGCAUCAUAUUCUACGCCUUUGAGUGUCUUGUCGGUAAUACUCAACAGGCGAUAUGGCAUCUCAACCAGGGGUUGGCACUGUUACAACGCCUUGGAAAUAAUGUACCCAGUGUCCAGGCUGAUUUUGAUGGGAUUAACCGACAAUUGCGAACGGUUUUUAUGCGCUUAGAUAUUCACGCCAGUCUAUUCAUAAUGGAGAGAGCUCCCGUCCUUGAUCUCGUUUCACCAGAGCAGUUAGCAGGGCAAGCGCAUGUCGUGCCUGAGCAUUUCACCAGUAUUUCGGACGCUGAGGAGACCCUGCUUGCGCUCCAGAGCUGGACAUUACGCCAUCUCUACUUCUAUAUUGGCUUCAAGGGGGUUCCACAAGAUCGACUUCCCCCGCACGCACUCAGUGAAAGGCUCCGGAUAAAGAGUGAACUCCGACGGCUGGAGAUAGCAAUUACCGACUUUGCUACUGGAGUCAACGCUCAUUCCUUAACGCCUGUACAGCGCCAGCAACUAACAUUAAUCGAAAUCCAAGCACGCACCUUCUACGGCGUAGUUCUGGAAAAUCUCAUCCUAUACACUGAUUCGGAAGUCGCAUCUCGAUUCAAUCUUGCUAUCGACCAAAUUACCCAAGUUCUCUCUACUAGCGGGAAAGAAGAUGAUUCCGGCUUACACCGAGAUUUCACUCUAUCAUCGAAUAUCAUUGCCUUGUUGUAUUUCGUUUGUAUGAAGACCCACGAUCGGCGGGUGUUGAAUAGAGCGCUUUCUUUGAUGCAGGGUCAUCUUGCAUCGGCACGAGAUGGACUUUGGGACUCGAGAAUGGCUGUGACUAUAAUCAAGGCUGUGCAAGAGAAGAGUGUGCAAGAUGAUGGGCCCCAAAUGGCUAUUAGCCUGGAGUAUGUCGGUGACAGGAUUGUGGAUGCUGAUGGGGGAUUGGAUGGGGCGUUCCAGAUGUUACAAAUUAGUGAACAGAGUUGCUAG